UCGCGACUUAGUCACCUCGACUGUUACAUGUCGAUAGUUUUGGCAUCGAUGCGAGUCUAGAGGUGUUGGUGUUGCCGCCCUGCAUAAGCUGCUGUCGCUUUCACUGUUCUGCCUAGGGUAUGCCGCAGUGAAACAGGCAACUGCUCACAGCCUGAGAGCUCGACAUUACCCUUUGAUCUUGUCAACACCAUUUGAAGUUGUCGUUUCUUUAUUGACCUCAACUUACCCUUACCCGACUGCCUCAACAGGUGGUCUAGGCAGCGAAUGAUCUACCGGCGAAGAAUAUCUGCGCUGACCGAACUUCACGACCAACCCCGCCAUCACGCCAACUUCAGCCUGAUCGUGCAACCUCACCGACUGAUGCAUCCUCCCACUUCAACCGAUCCAUGAUCUUGUCUAGGCGAAACUGUCCUAGAAAUUGCAAACCGGCAGGAAACCAUGUCUUACGCCUCUAAACCCCUCGUUGUUGAUGGAGAUGGCGACGCCUUGAUGAUGGACACACAAUCUGAGGAUCGUCGAGGAUCCUUCAGAUCUCCUCCAUUUGCUCCUCGUUACAGCUUUCCACCACAGUCCGAUCCGGGCUUGAUUUACAGUUCACCAUUUCCAAGCUUCUCAAGAGUGCCAGCUGCCGCAGAACAACAACAUCGUCGGAAUCCAGCGACCUCCAACCCAAACACUCGAACCGAUCAACCACCAGCUGGAGAUCGCCCGGUCCAUAACCGCCACCCUUCAACUCCAGGUCCCUUCGGAGACUUUCGACAUCUACCUGUUCCUCCUGGAUAUCCAUUCAUUCUACCUCUGCCCCAGCGAAGCGCAAUUUAUGGCCCUGGAUAUAGGCCUACAGAUGCAGCAACGCGAUUGAUACUCGCUCCUCCACCACACAUACCGAUCUCCUUCCCUAGGAUCGAAGAAGGCCAUCAUCGAUCCACGAGAUCCGGCACGCCACCUCCACUCACUCCCGCAUUUCGGACCAACUCCACUGCCAUGGAGACGAAUCGCCCGUCCCCAAGAUCCGAACGCAGCUUGGAUGCUCCUUUUCCAUUACGUCAAGAUAUGAAUCAAGGCCGAAGCCAGGGCUCCGUUACACAAGGACGAUCGUUGCGACAAAGCCCACAGACGCGCCAGAGUACGCCGUCAUCGACGUUCACUUUGCGCACUCGAGACAGCUUGGAACUCAUUGAAGGGGGUACAUGGAAUCAAUCUUCCAGCGAGAAAAUCUUGUCCACCGAGGCGGAUAUGCUAAAUGAUUCUGAUGACUCUGCAACCUCAACAGCCUCUCGAAUUCCUCGCCUUCUCCGCGACGACCUAACAGCCUCACCUCCGGCUCCUCGCAUUUAUGGCAUUGUUGAAAAUAAUGCAGGCCAGCAUGCACAGGCGCAACGUGCCUUUCACCGGCGUCGUAUGUCCCGACCUCCGAACCCCAAUCGUAGAUUAUUUCCUUGCACCGCUUGUAUGGAUGACUUCAACCGGGACGAUUUGCUCAACAUUGGUUGUGGAUGUCGAUAUUGCCAAGAAUGUCUGAAAGAUGCUUUUGAGGCAGGCUGCGCCAAUAUGGCAUCAUUUCCACCUAAAUGCUGUGGCAAGGCACUGAGGAUUUCCGUGUGGGGAGGCAUGCUCGAGCGCGGCCUCGUGGACCGGUACAAGCAGAUUGAGGCCGAGUUCACUGCGAAUCGACCUUUGUAUUGUGCCUACGCGCACUGUUCUGCGUUUCUGCCGGAGAACAACCACCUCGCUGAUCAUGAGGUUGGCGUGUGCUUCAAGUGUGAGAGGGUCACGUGCAAGCGAUGCCGCCGACUCAUGGACGAGCACCAAGAGGGGAUCUGGGAUGCCGAUGAACGAAUUUGCCCAAAGGAAGACGACAACGAGGCUGCUCUUUACGCGCUUGGGUCUGAGAAGAGAUGGAAACAGUGCCCGACGUGUCUGACUAUGGUCGAGCGCACGGACGGCUGUAAUCAUAUGGACUGCAUCUGUGGCGUCGAAUUUUGCUACCGGUGCGGUAGACUUUUCGACGAGGACGACUCAUGUGAGUGUGCCCCAGGCUCGUGGCAGGACGACGAAGACGAAGAGAACGGAGAGAACGAAGACGAAGACGAGAGCGAUGGAGAAGACUGGCCGGAUUUUCGCCGUGCCGUGGAUCCUGCUGGUCGUCCUGCUUGCUUUCAUCGACAUACUUCGGCUCUGGGUGAGGGAUUUUUAGCGUGCCACGGAUGCCUGGAACACAAGCCGUUGCACAGUUGCGAGGCGUGCGGGUUGGAGCUUUGCAUGGGCUGCCUCGAGAAUGUGCGGAGCCGCGUGGAUGUCUCACCAGGGACUCGCGCGCGGACCCCUUCGUCCGCAAUAGAGGUGGUGGUUCCACCGAUGGUACAUCAAGACUUGGAUAGAGGGAGAGGCUGGGGUCAUCUGAGACCCUAGGACUUUUUCUGCAUAUCUCGACAAUCAACGGCUGGCGACGAACUGGAAUGAUUACGGUGGUGAUGGGUUCAACUGGAUCGACAUCGACACUGGCUUAAGGAAUAAUGAUUUGACGAACAACGCAUGGGCGGUCGAUAGGAUCAAGAGAAAUCACGGAGUUUGCAGGAUUUUAAGGAAGGCGGUGACAUGCUUUUUUUUUCAUUGCGGGUUGUCGGAGGGGCUUGAAAUAUCUGAACUGGGAUGGACAAGAUGCAACGGGAUGAAACGAAAUGAUAUGAGACGCGGGCCGGAUGCUUUGUGCUUGCAUGGCCGAGCCGCAAGAAGGAGGCUAUUUCGGGUGUUCGUCUUUCUCUCUCUCUUUGCUGCAGGCAUUGUGCCGUGGGAGCCUGUCUUUGGGUUGGGCAGAAGCAGGUCAGAUGAGAGAGUGGAAGAGAGGAAGCCAAUGCCAACAAUGAGGCAUCCGAUCUUGAAGCCUGGCUGGUCCGGGGGAGGAGAGAAAGAAAGCGCGCCGGGCGACGGUACCCUUAUGAAAGUUAUGAUUUUCCCGCAGAAAAAAAAUGAGAAUGAUAUGAGCUGUUACCAGUUACAAAUGAAUUUCGGCAUGG